AUGGAUAACUAAUUUUAUAAUUAAGACUCGUUAGCAUUUGGUUCCCCUUAACCCACAUCCCAGCUCCAACCUUCCAAAGCAAUUAAGUUUGAAAAUGUUUCUAUAUUCAUUUAAUUCUAUUAUAGGUACCCACAAAAUAAAAUAAACAACAUUCCAAUGUCAAAUUCAAAGAGGCUUCAAAAAAAGUUUCGCAAUAGAAAAUAGAUUCUGUCCAAAAAGUCCGUCCCUCAAGUGCAUAGAAACAGGAGAAGUUCAAACCCUCCUGGAAUGAUAAGGUCGAAGCCAAGCCAAAACCAUUUGAUAAUUUGAAGAAGAAUGAAAUAUUCAAAAUUGAAACCAAAUUGUAAAAGGAAAAAAUUGAGAGAGAAAAAGAGAAUAAAAAAAGACAAUUAGAAAACCCACCUCCUGCAGCUGUUAAAUCGUACGCCACGAUUAAAGACAUCGAACAAGUGAUCAAUGAUUGUAAUGAAUGUUAUCUUAAUUAGAGCAAUAUAAGAAGGAUGUAUCUGAGAUGAAGAAAUAGAAGAGAGAAUUGGAACAAUUGCAAUGGAUGAUAGACUAAGAGAAGAAAUUGAAGGCAGAGUAGAACAAACAAUUUGAAGAAAAGUUAAAGCAAUUGAAGACACAAUAACAUCCUGAUAUGGCCUAAGACAUUAUGAAUGCCAAGAAGAAGGGUAUGGAAAAUAAGGAAUCCCCAUACAAAACAAAAGAAUAAAAGAAACAAGAUAAAAAAAAACAAUUAGAAAAAAAUGUUGAUGAUAUCUAUGUUGAACCACAAUAAAACAAUUAUCCUAAUUGGAAGGAUGGAAUCCAUUUAAUCCAUUACGAAGCCAAAAAACCAUUAUUACCAGGAGAGUAUGAUUAAAAUGAUUUGGAUUUGAUACCUUAAAAAUAACCUUAGUAACAGCCAUAAUAAGUGAGGAUUGAUGAUAACAAAUUGAAAAAUGAAUUGAUUGAAAUCCAAAAAAGAGAAUUGCAAAGACAACAUGAAUUAGAUGCCUUAAUAGAUAAACAUUAAUAAUUGCUGAGAUCUGAAGCUCAGAAUCCGAAUAAACAUUAUAAGGAAAUCAACGAAAAAUUGGAUAAGAUUAAGGGAAAAGUAGAUCCAUUGGUUAAGAAGAUUGAUAGUGUAUAAAUUGACUAUCCAUUCACUGGACAUCUAUUAGCAAGAGGAGUCUCUAAAAUGAUUUAGGUUCAUUCCGAAAGAUUGACUGAAUUGCUGAUUGAUGAUUUACUAUUUGAAAUGGUAGACAUACUCGAUACUUUGGAAAUGAAGAAGAAGGAGGAAGAAAGGUAGAGAUACGAAUAGAUGGCAUUGUGUGAUUACAUAGAAGCUGUGAAGGAUAUCGCUUUAGAUUAAGACAAGGUUGAAUAGAAUUUCUAAUAAACACGAUAACAAUUUAUGAGAGAUAGUAAUAAUAGAUAUAUGUAUAGCAAGACUUGAUCAAUAUGUACCUGUUGAAUAAUUGGGUAGAGACCAAUAAUUUUACAUAAAUCCCAUGGACCGUUUUCGUUCAAUAGAAUUGUCGAGUGGAUUCAUAAUUAAAAUAAUGGAGGACAGAAAGAAGAGGAUUUAAUUUGUUAAUCAAGAUAAGUAGUAUUAUCCUAAGAAUCUUGAGUAAUUUGAUUUAGUAAUUACUUUGUUUAUACUUCUUAGAUAACAGAAAAAAUACUUGAAGAGAUCAUUUGGGAACGAGCAGCUGCAUUGUAUUCGAGUAGCGAUGAAAUGGCAGAAUAAAUAUUUAUUAAUGAAUUCAAAUGA